UACCCCCUGUUCGCAUUUCGCAGCGGCGUUCUGAUUGAUUUCUCUCAAUUUACUAGAGUCUGUCGAAGCUGAAAUUGUUUCAGCAAUGUCUUGAAAGAGUAAGAGAUUUCCCAGGCGGUUCUUUAAUUAUGCUGCGCGCCCUAAUCCGUACACCGGCGGAGCCCUUUAGCUGUGCUCGCCGCCUUCUGCACUCCGCCACGGCUUCACUGGUCAAGGAGACCGGCCUUUAUGGAUUCGACCACUUAAAGACUGCUAAAGGUUUUCAACGCAUGGUUGAUGAUGCAAUUGAGCGGUCUAAUGAGCUCGUGAAUUAUAUUGCUGGAAUGCCUUCAGCUCCUGAAAUUAUUAAAUCAAUGGAUGAUAUAUCUGAUACGGUUUGUACGACCAUUGACUCUGCAGAAUUGUGUAGGCAUACGCAUCCGGAUAGGGAAUUUGUUGAGGAGGCAAGCAGGGCAUCUCUUCGUUUGAAUGAAUAUCUACAUUAUCUUAAUUCGAAUCCUAGUUUAUAUCAUGCGAUUGUAAAAGCCGAGCAAAAUAAUCACAUGCUUACUGAAGAAGCUCGGAGGACUGCCCGUCACCUACGCAUUGACUUGGAGAAGGGUGGAAUUCAUCUCAGCCCUGAGAAACUGGAUCGAGUUAAUCAGCUAAAUAUAGAAAUUCUGCAGCUUUGCAGACAGUUCAACGAAAAUAUUAUCACUGACCCAGGUCAUGUGGAUAUAUUUCCAGCUUCACAUUUACCAAAAAAAUUGCACCAUCUCGCCAAGACCAUCUACCGCCCUUCAUCAUUUGCAUCAAAGAGAUCAACAGGGCCAGACUGUAAUUUGAAAGAGAGAGGAUUUCGCUUAGUGACAGAACCUAGCACUUUGUGUUCUAUUUUGCAGUUGGUGUCUGAUGCUGAGGUUAGAAAGAUGGCUUACAUCAGAGGAAAUUCAGUGCCACGUGCAAACCUGGUAGUCCUUGAUAAGCUUCUUGCAGCACGUCAUGAAUUUGCUGAGAUAAUGGGAUAUAAGUCUUAUGCUGAAUUUGCUCUGAAGGAUAAUAUGGCUUCGUCGCCUGAAGUUGUUCUGUCUUUUCUGAAUGAAAUGAGUAAAACGGUCAGACCCAAGGCUGAGGAGGAGUUCAAGAAAAUUUUGGAUUUUAAGAUGGGAGAGAGUGGCCAAUUAGUUGAAGACUUGGAGCCAUGGGAUGAGCCAUACUUCACAAGAAUGAUGAAGUCUUCCGCCCAAAAUUUGGAUUAUUCAGUGGUUGUGUCAUAUUUUUCCUUGCCACAAUGUAUUGAGGGGUUAAAAGUGCUGGCUCAGUCAUUGUUUGGUGUGAAAUGCCAUGAGAUUCCUCUUGGGCAUGGUGAAUCAUGGCAUCCAGAUGUGCUGAAGUUAUCUCUACACCAUCCUGAUGAGGGAGACUUGGGGUAUUUGUACCUCGAUUUGAAAUCAAGAAAGGGGAAGCAUCCGAUUUGUGCACAUUUUGCUAUCAAAGGGGGCCGUCGAAUCUCAGAAACAGACUACCAGUUACCAAUAGUAGCCCUUGUAUGCAAUUUUCCGGGUUCAAAUUUUGCAUCGGUGCAUCUUCACCAUUCUGAUGUAGAAACUCUAUUUCAUGAGUUUGGGCAUGCUCUUCACUCAUUGCUGUCAAGAACGGAUUACCAACAUUUUUCAGGGACCCGAGUAGUUCUUGAUUUUGCUGAAACACCUUCAAACCUGUUUGAGUAUUAUGCAUGGGAUUAUCGGGUCUUAAGGAAGUUUGCUAAGCAUAAUUCAACAGGUGAUCCGAUACCUGAAAAGUUGGUGCAAUCACUAAUAGGAGCUAAAAAUAUGUUUGCUGCAACUGAAUUGCAACGCCAGGUCUUCUAUGCCUUGAUUGACCAAGCACUUCAUACAAUGCAGCCUUCGUCGGUCAAAGAUACUGUUUCUAUAGUUGCAGAUCUGAAAAGAGAGCACACAAGUUGGAAGUACGUGGAAGGAACACAUUGGCACACGCGAUUUAGUCAUCUUGUUACUUAUGGUGCAGGUUACUACAGCUAUUUGUAUGCAAAAUGCUUUGCUGCAACCAUCUGGCAAAAGAUAUUACAGCAAGACCCGUUGUCGCUGGCUGCAGGAUCUGCUCUUAGGUCAAAAUUCCUGCAGCAUGGAGGAGCAAAAGAUCCAACCAUCAUAUUGAACGAUCUCGUGGGGAAUAGUGUGGUAAGGAAACAAAAUGGAGGCAUAAUUCCUGAUAUAACGAGCCUUGUUGAGGAGAUGCAACUAUCCAACUCGAGCUGAUUGCCCCUUGACUACCUAAGAAGUAGAGGAAAUGAGACACCGAAUGAAAUAGCCACUGUGAGUGAUUCAAACACACGGUGAACAAUAUGACUUUGAAGUUAUAUUGUUGUCAAACACCAUUUGACUUGAAGAAACAUCGAUAAGCAAGUAAUGGCUUGGGGAAACCUGAUUGCUGCAAGAACAUUUUCUGCUUUCCUCUCUGUCCCACAGCACGUCCCACAGCACCUCCGUUGAGCAAGUCAUCAUUUCUAUAUACACUUUGAGAUCUAUACUCGAUCAUACCGGAUCUGAUUGAUUCUGUUGUGCAAUUAGGAUAGAUGCAAUUGUAUCAUGUUAUAAAAGUAUACCUAAAAUUAAGGGAUAAUUCCAGCUUCUCUCCCCUGAGCUAAGUGCACGUGUUUGCUACAAUUGGGAAUUGCACUCUAGGGUUUGCUGCAUUCAAGGUCAA